AUGACACAACGCAACUCGUUGGACGCGACAUUCGCCCUCUCGGCUGACGUGACGUUGCCAGGCGGCCUGGUAUUCCUGCCCUUUGACGCGCUGCUCAUUGCAGAAGGCGAGUGGAGCAACAGCUGCAACCGGCUGGGCAUCGACAAGGCCGUCAACGUCUUCUCCCAGGCCAUCGGACUGAUCAUCAAUAUGAACUACGACGCGAAGGACGCUGCAGAGAGACAGCUGCGGGAUCGCGUCGUGCGACCCAACGAUGACGGCGAGCACAAGAGGAUCGUUGACGAUCUAAAGAAGGCGGGCGUCGACUUUGAAUUCAUCGAGUACCUCAAGGGUGAGACGCACUACAUCGUCGUCACGAUCACCAAGGCGUCGCUGCUGGGUCUGGGCGCGCUCCGGGCCGACCUACCACGCGAGCGCCUGCUCGAGAGGAGCAACGUGGACGAGGAGAAGCUGCUCGGCGCGGCCCGCACCGUCGCCACUAUCUUUGGCCUCCCUGCCGAGAGCUCCUUUUGCGACUUCCACCCCGUGAAGCUCUUUGACUUUAGCUCGCGCGCCAAGGCGCUAUGCGGCUACAAGGUCCUCGGCGUCUGCACCGGCGGCUCUCAGCAGGGACAGGUUUCGAGUCUCGACAUCGAGGCGCACGAUGAGCUUGGAAUCGCAGAGGCGGCCUAUUUUGAGCGAGCCCUGCCGGAGCUGCGCGCGACCGCGAUGGAGCUGCAGGAGGCGACCGACGACGACGGCAGGAGUCGGCUCACCGAGCGCACGCGUCUGGCCAAGCUCGAGCGACUGCACCAGGCGCGUGCGGACAUUGCGGCGCUGGAGGAGGCCCAGCGCGCCUUCAAGGAGCGCGUGGAAAUCAAGAGAGGCCUCACCUCGCUGGUUCCCGUAUUUCCCGUGGGCGAUUCGCUGCUCGAGCCGUUCUGGCCGCAAGGGCUCGGCUCGAAUCGCGGGUUCCACUCCGCGCUCGAUGCUGCUUGGGCGGUGCACGUGCUGUCUGUGCAGGGUCUGCAGGCUUCGCUCCUCGAGCGGAAUUUUGCUUACGACCUGAUGAUGCAGAUGAACUGGUUUAGCAAGUACAUCAAGAAGGGUGAGGCGUGGCGCACGGACCCCCUCUACCGCUACAGCCACUCGCAGAUCCUCGAGACUAUUGGGCAGUACACGGACCCUCUUGCCAAGCGGCUAUACCGGGGAACGGAUGCCGUCCCAGCUCGCAUAGCGAGUGCGGGGCUGAAGAAUGACGUGAACAUGCUGGUGGGAGGAGCCGAUUGCGGCGAGUACGACCCGCCUGCGGGGCUGGUCGCCUCCGCCGCUGCACCGCUCAGCCACACCACUCCACCCGCGCCCAAGAUCAGCUCGUCGGCACCUCCGCACGUUGACUUGCUGCGGAUCUGGCUGCUCGUUCUCGGCGUCUUCCUGUGUACUGUCAGCCUGGCGGCUGCCGAUGGCGCGCGAAUUCCGCAGCCAGAGGCACAGGUGGCCCUGGUGCUGGUGGUGUGGGGCACGCUGCACGCUGUCUUGGCGGCGCGGUUCUCCGCCGACGACGCCCACGCCUCUGGCCGGCUCCGCUUCCACUACAGCGUCGCUCUGAUCUCGGCUGCGUGCUUGCACAUCGCUGGAGGCAGCGUGGCCGACGAAGCAGCGGGCGAGCCGCCAACCCCUGCGGAGGCGUGGGAGCAGGAGCUCCGCGGAUCGGAGCACAGAUAUGGGCGCUCGUGA